AUGUCGAAUGGACAAAAGAAUGGAGUCACUGGAGGUGAAGAAGAAACCCUAGAUCGUAUCAGUCAAUUGCCUGACGCACUCCUGGUAAAAAUUCUCUCUCUUUUGCCGACCGAAGAUGCCGUCGCAUCAUGUGUACUUUCAAAGAGCUGGAGUUAUCUAUGGACUUCAAUUUAUAACUUCCUUUUCGUUGCUGAAACUUUCAAGACUGCAGAAAACUUUAUAUCCUUCGUGGACCAUGUUUUAACUCAUUCGACUUGUUCCAAAAUCAAAAAAUUCCAACACGAUUUUCAUCACAUAGACUGGGAAUUUGAUUCGAAAAUCAGCCAAUGGCUCAGUUUUGCUGCGGAAAACAAAGUGGAAAAUGUUCUACUGUUAAAUUCACAUGAUGAUAAAGACCUCACUUUCGAAUUGCCUCGAUCUCUGUGCACGUGUUCGUCACUGAUUAUGUUGCGUUUGAGCCAUUGGGUGUUUGAUAAAGAACGGAUCAUGGCUUGGAACUCUCUGAAGAGUCUAAAGCUGUACUCAACAGAGUUAGACGAUGAGGAUAUUGUGAUAUUACUGUCAAGUUGUCCUGCUUUGGAAACUCUGGAGUUGUCAAUGUUCGGGGGUUUUCGUUGCCUAGAAAUCAAUUCUUCAAAUUUAAAGAGACUAAAUUUGCGUACCUGUUCGUGUGAAGGACAUGGUGUUUUGGAAAUUUUCGCCCCACAUCUUCAACAUUUGGAGCUUACAGGAGAUUUUGGAUAUCUCGAGUGUAGGCCAGUAAAUGUCUCCUCUUUGGUUACUGCCAGCCUCACUUUUAAAGUUUGCUGUUUCAAUUUGGAUGAAGUUGUUGAUGAGGAAGAAAAUUGUCGUGAAUUUCAUCAAGUUUUCCGAAACCUUGUUCUGGACUAUCUUCAAAAGUUGACUUAUGCAACUGAGCUAAUAAUUGGAAGUUGGUUUGCUAAGCAAAGAAUAGCAGGAUGUAAAACUGAGAAGAGAAUAAAGCCUUCAGAAUCUAUUACUGUUAUGAAGUUUUGUUGUGUUCAUGUUGCAACUCAAAGGAGUGCAACUUCCAGAGUUGAGAUGAAAAUGUCUAACACUAGAGAUGCAUACGAAUCUGGUGACUUCAACUGCCAAAUUGAACAAAGCUAUUUGGCCAAAGGAGAUACUCUCAAUUUGCAGAGUUGGAUGUCAAACAUUGUGUUUUUCAAUCUCAAGAAUGUUAAGUUUUACUGCUUCAUGACAAAUUGUUUGAAGGGGCGGCUUGAAGAGGGCAAUGAUAAGCUUUUCGAACUUUCAGAGUUUCUACUAAAGAGUACAAUGGCUUUGAAGAAGUUUGUUAUAGUAUCAGAGACGAGUAGCUGCAGGAAAUGUUCAGAGAAAUGCGUGUCCCAAUAUUUAUCACGAUUGGAUAAGAAAUUAUUAGACAGCCCAAGAUCAUCUAGGAAUCUCAUGAUUACUUAUAAAGAGUCUUUUGCCUGA